GACGAUCCAUAUCACAGAUUUUCUGAUGUAGCCUCAUGGGCCAAUAAAUGUAGGGACAGUGGCGUCUCCCUGCCUCGCAGUCUUGGGUACAGCGAUGUGGAUAGCUACGCCAGUGAAUUUGGAAGUGACCACAGUCAGAGCUCUGAGGAGCCCUGGGAAGGAAGUGUCUCCUAUGUGAACUCAGAAGCAGAGACAAUAGAAGCCAGAUCAGAAAUUGAUGGAAGAACUAAAUGGACCCCAUCUCAGCCUGUAAGCCGCAGUGGUUCUACUGCCUCUUCAAAAAGGCGACUUCCAGCAUUUACACCCAAAAAAGAAGGUCUAGUUAUAGAAGAAGGUUCUCAA